CAGCCUUGGGUACAGCGGAGGAUCGUCGAAUUAUCGCUGUCACACUUCCUCCCUUCCCCAGGCGGAGCGGCGCUCGGUGAGAGACGGCGGGGAAGAGGGGGGUGGAGGGGGGCCGCGCUGCAUCCCCGCCGCCACGGAGGACUCCCAGCUCGGCCGCUCGGGAGGCGCCAGCAAUACCCGGAGGCGGUGGCGGAGCGGAGAGAACGCCCCUGUCACGGGCUCAGCGCUGCAGUAACCCAGGAUCAUUCCACCAUGAAGAGGGACCCUGCUCCUCUGACAAGCUGCCUAGCUACUGUUUUAUUUACAUGGUUCUACAAAGUGUCAUUUUGAGACAACAGCAUACAGCUGUAGUGUCCCAAAGAGGUGACCUUUGGUGACAAAAUCCGUAGUCUAACAGUUCACUGGUUAGAUGGCUCUGCCACCUCCGGAUCCACAGUUUGUUCUCAGAGGUACCGGUGCUGCAGUCCACACACUGCAUUUUUCCUGUGGAAACCAGGAACCUGAUGUCCCCAUUCUUUUCUCUGGGUCCGAGAAUGGGUUUAUCCAUGUCUGGAACCUGAAAACACACAGAGUGGACAAAACACUGGAUGGCCAUGGAGGAAGUUCUGUCUACUGCGUGGAGACAAUGGGUGGUAAAAACAGGCUCCUCAGUCAGGGUCGUGACCAGAGGAUCUGCUUGUGGGAUUUAGCAGAGGGACGGACUUCAGUGACAAAUUCUGUCUUCACGGAGAAUGUGGGAUUCUGCAGAUGCGCUCUGUUAAAGGUGGCACAGGGACGCUGGCUAAUGGCCAUGGCAGCCAAAGCCCCGGAGGAGGUUCAGGUUUUGGAGCUGCCAUCCAAGACGUCAGUCUGUACCUUGAAGCCAGAGGUGGGUGCCAAGCUGGGCAUGCCCAUGUGUCUGAAGUUAUGGCAGCACAACUGUGAUUCACAACCUUUGCUUCUGGCUGGCUAUGAAGACGGAUCAGUGGUCCUUUGGAAUUUGUCGAUGGGAAAAGCGUUGAGCCAACUUGUUUGCCACCAGGAGCCAGUGAUGAGCCUUGACUUUGACUCAGAGAAGGAGAAGGGGAUCUCAGGCUCAUCUGAAAAGGUGCUUAGCAUCUGGAGCCUCAAUGAGCAACAGAACCUCCAGGUUUACAAAACACAAAAACUUGUCAACGCUGGCAUAUCUGAUAUCACCAUCCGUCCAGACAAGAAGAUUUUAGCAACAGCAGGGUGGGAUCAUCGCAUCAGGAUCUUUGGCUGGAAAAAACUGAAGCCCUUAGCAGUGCUGGACUACCACACAGCAACAGUCCAUUGUGUGUCCUUCUCAGAUCACAGAAACCCCUGUGAGAGACUGCUAGCAGCUGGUUCAAAAGAUCACCGCAUCAGUAUCUGGUCAAUAUAUACUCAGACAUGAUGUGUUCUGCACUGGCAUGACCUAGGAAAACGGGAUUGGUGAAGCAAUUCUUUACACUAUAAUUCAAACGUGGAUGUGGGGAAGUGGCAGAAUGUAUUUUUAGGCUGAAGUGAGAGGCCUAGGUUAAUUUUUAUGCUGCUUGUUCAAGCUGCAAGUUUUGUUUUCCAGAGAGGGAAGUGGAUUUCUAAAAUUCAUAACAAGCAGAGCCAGGCCAGUCACAAACAAAGACACAGAACAAGUCACUUUCUACAGGUUUUGCAACAGCUUUUCUUUGGCAGGGUGCUUAAAUAACUUGUGCCAGUAUCUCCUUUUGUGAAAAAGGACUGGAAUCCCUCAGACUGCAGUGGGGGCAGAAUACAUCUGUUUGUAAGUCAUUUAUGUAUCCAAGAAUCUGAAUCGGUGUAAAAUAUCACUCUUCCUUGAAAAUUUAUACCCAUUAAACCACCUCUAGUGGUUUCUCAUUGUCAGUUACUUUUUCUUCCCCCAAACUGAAAGGCUAUCAGAACAACCUUGAUUUGUUCACACUUCUGUCAGUUUCUAACUUAAACCAACAGCCAGGAAUGUGACUAGGGACGGCCUUUGGCAUUUAUGAAUUUCAUUAUGUCUCCUGUCACCUCAAGCCUCACAAUUAAUCACAAGAAAGAAAGGGGGAACAAAAAAAAAAAAUCUUCCCCUGCACUGCACUGCACAGCUAUGUAAAGCCUUUUACGGAGCCAGUGCUUAAAUCCUUUCCAUAGACUGAUGAGCUGAGGGAUUUAAACUCAGCACUCCAAUUAGCACCCUUCUCCUUGGAGCGUUAGAGGUAGGUUUCAGCGUGGCAGGUCUGGGAUUCGGCCACACAACUCCCAUUAACAGGUAGGGGAAUUGCACGGAUAAAUCCUUAUCCAUGUAGUGCGAAUGGCUCCGUUAACUUGUCAUCUCUACAGUCAUGGAAACUGAAGUGCAUUCAUGAAGUGGGGUUUUUUUGUUGUUUGGAUCAUGAAGCAGCAUUUGAAUUUUUUUAAAAGCAUAUUAGACAUACAACACUGUGUUCAUAGACACCUUAUUCAGUCAAAAAGCUGCAGUUACAACUGUCCCACUGAAGCAAUUAGCAAGGGCCAGCUUGUUAAAAAGGGGGUGGCCUGGAAACUAGAACUGAGCUUUACAAACUGAAGUGUUUUGUGUCCAGGCUGUGCACUGUUGAUACUUGACUGGAAAUAUAUGUUUCUGCCUCUGUUCAGAGCUGGCUAUCAAAGAAAAAGUCAUCAGAAUUGUAGUGAACAGCAACAUCAAAAGACUUUAGAAAUUAUUUCAGGGAAAACACACAAGCAAAUUAAGGUCUGGGUCUGCUAUCCAGCUGUGCUUUACAGGCAGAGAAUACUGUUGGACUAAAAGCCUUAAGCACCAAGCCUAAUGUUAUUGCCAUUAAAACACAGAAACAAGAUACUGUUGCCAGACUUUUCUAAAUAAAACUUGGCCUUACGCAUUUUGGAGUGACACAUUUGGAUGACACUUUAAAUAAUGCACUUCUUUGAUUCUUUCUUUACUAUUCAGUAGCUGCAUGGGGGAAUCACACUGCAGUUGAAAGUUAAAGCCUAAUUUUGAGUGAUCCUGAGUCAGGGGAAGGCGCUAAUGUUCAUUACAUCUGUCAGACAGUUGCGUAGAUGGUAAAUGCUCCAUCUCCACCCAUCAUCCACCUCCCACACAGAGGAGUAGCUACCUACACCAUACAAGAGGCUCCAGGCCAGCAGCCUUAUGGAAUGAGACGGGGUCCUUCUCCACAAACUUGCUGCUGGAAGAAACCUUUUCUUUUUUCUUUUUCCUCUUUCUCAAAGUAGGUCAGAAUGUACCAUAGAUAAGCAAACAAAGAAACACAUUAAAUAAAUAAAUACAGAAAACAUUGUUGUGUGUAGUCCAGGGACCCAUCAUAGGGAGUUUGCAAAGAGAUUUCUUUUUGGCUGUCCUGUCUCAUACUGCACCACACACGAAGCCUGUCACGCAGCCGUGAGAUUGGUGUCUCCCAUCUGAGUGGUGCUCUGCAAACAGAACUUAGUGAAGUUCUACUGCAUAAGAACAAUUUCACAAUCAAUUUUUAAAAAGACAUAACCCAGUGGUUACAUGCUUGGGCUUUAGUCUCCUCUCCACUUAGAUUAUAAAUAAAUAAGUUAAAUUAAAUAAAUGAUAGAACCCAAGUCUCCAUCCUGUGCUUUAACCUGUGUAAUCACUGCACCUUUUUAAUCAACAACCUUGAAGUGGGAGCUGAUGCAGGCCCACGCCCUAAAAAGCACUGUCAAGCUGGUGGUUGGGCACUGUCCCAGCAAGUGAAAAAACAGCUCUGCAUCUCCUCAAGCAUGGAUCUAGGUGUCCUGUGUCAAAAAUUAGCACUUUAUCCCCCCCGCCCCCGCAAUUCCAAGGUACAGGGUUAGAGUCACAGCUGCUACUGUAAUUUUGCAUGGAUCAAGGCCAAGAACACAUUGUUGGGACUCCUGGUACAACAGGCAUGGGACUGUUCAGUGCUGGAGCCCAACAUGCUUUUGGACUAUCUGAAAAACUUAGCUUCUGAGCAAAAUUUAAGUUUCCACAGCUUAUCACUCAAAAAAAAAAAAAAACCAAAAACAAAA